AUGCGUCGCAGGGUUUGUGGUGACGCCGUCUCAUUGCAACUGCCCAUAAUGAAGCGCGUGCUGUGGCUGUUGCUGACAUUGUCAUUUUUUUUGGGUGCCGCAUCGAGUUCCACUGCAGUGAAGGACACGGCACCGUUUCGAUGCAUGCGUCCGUUUGGGUCGCUCCCGCGCUUUUCCCCAGCUAACAUGGACGCUGCAGAAAACUGUAAAUUUGGUUUAUUGCGCGUCAUCAAUGCAACGGCCAGGACGCGGUGUGUGCGUGAUGAUGCGGCUCGCGGGGCAUCCACCGCAUCGAACAAUGAUAAAAUGCCUCCCACGUGUAGUGUGACGCUAAACGUGACGUUUCAGGCGGAGGGGAAUGAGGCCUAUCACGCUGUGGGCGUCUCGAGUGUGGCUGGGCACGAGGAGGCAUUUGGAGGUGAAGCAUACCGUUUUUCUUUGCGGCUUCGAGCCUUUAAUGACAGUGUAGUGGAGUAUAAAGGGUUUGAUCAAAACGGCUACAGCAUGUGCUGUAAUUUUAUUCAGAGCGCAGAGUGUUCGUGGGAUGAAGAGAGGAAGAGCAGUGGCACCCCCCACUAUUCUGCCUCACCACAGGAAGACAAUGGAGGCAACGCGCCAGACGCAUCCCGACGACGGGAGGCGAUGGUUGUGUCGUGCCCGAUCCACAGCCAAGUGGUGCCCGGAGGUGUCUUUCAUGGUGUCAUUACAAAGCCGCUUCACCGCCUAGUUGUCACGGAGUGGGAGGCCCGACUGGAGUUCUGGCGCGGUCAGCGACAGGAGCGGGUGAUGCUGGGUCGCGUGCUUCUGCCUUUUCGACUAACUGAAGACGACAUUGCGUCCGCCUACACUAGCGAUGCAGCAGCAACAACAUUAACGGCAACUGCAGUGGCGGCCAUCGACGAUUCGACGUCGGGUGGGCGGGCCGGUGCUGCACCUAUAGAGACAGGGGACGUUAUUGGGAAAAGGAAGGGGUCUGGAGACUUGUAG